GGGCUUCCGUCCUCCUCCGCGCAGGCGCCCGCGGCACUUCCGGGGUCGCGUCGGGGCGGGCGGGGGCGCCGGGAGUCGCGGGAUGCCGGUGCGCGGCGCCGCGCAGCUCUCCCGCAGAAUCGGGCAGAAAAAGCGACUGCUGGAGGCAGAAGAGCCCGGGAGUGACCUGCACGGAGCUCCAACGCCCUCCCCUACGGAGCCCCGCUUGGGGCAGCCUGCCUCCCUGGGCCCCCAGCGCAGCGUCUACUUCUCAAGCCCAAAAAGCCGCUCUGCACGGCUGGGAUCGGAGUUUUUCGACCAACCUGCUGUCGCCCUGGCACGGGCAUUUCUGGGACAGGUGCUGGUUCGACGGCUGGAUGACGGCACAGAGCUCCGCGGCCGCAUCGUGGAGACGGAGGCAUACGUGGGGCCAGAGGAUGAAGCCGCGCACUCUAGGGGUGGCCGGCAGACCCCGCGCAACCGUGGCAUGUUCAUGAAGCCGGGCACUCUCUACGUGUACGUCAUCUAUGGCAUGUACUUCUGCAUGAACGUCUCCAGCCGAGGGGACGGGGCGUGUGUCCUGCUGCGAGCCCUGGAGCCCCUGGGGGGCCUGGAGACCAUGCGGCAGCUUCGAAGCGCCCUCCGCAAGGGCACCGUGGGCCGAGCCCUCAAGGACCGCGAGCUGUGCAGCGGCCCCUCCAAGCUGUGCCAGGCCCUGGCCAUCGACAAGAGCUUCGACCAGCGGGACCUGGCCGCCGACACAGCUGUGUGGAUGGAGCACAGCGCCCCGGGGACCAGGGAGCCCGCUGUGGUGGCGGCAGCCCGCGUGGGCAUCGGCCAGGCAGGAGAAUGGGCCCAGAAGCCCCUGCGCUUCUAUGUCCGGGGCAGCCCCUGGGUCAGCGUGGUGGACAGAACGGCUGAGCAGAACACACAGAGCGGGCCCGCAGUGAGCGUCUGCGCCCACGAGGCUUUUUAAUUCUGUAAAAACCCAAUAAACACUUUAUGUCUAGAAAA